AUGUACAUCACUCUCUACAACGUAGUCGCACGCCUCCCUGACUCCCUUCGCGUAGUCAGGGACCACUUUCUCGCAGUCUGUCCCACCACCCUCACCGUCGACCUCCUCGAGAAGGCCCUCCUCGCAGCGGAGAAGAGCAUAGUCGCUGUAGGAGCUUCUCAUGGAGACCCUCGCACCCCCAUCUUUGAGGGGUGCUCUCCUUUCCCCUUGCUGCCCUCUGUUGCCUCUGCUGCUGCUGCCGACCUGCUUGGUCUUGAGUCGGUCGGCGCGGCGUCUGCCCCUAGUGGGAGACGUCGCUCUGGCAAGGGCAAGGGGGGCAAGGGCGCGGGUGGAGCUGGAGGGGGCGGUGGCGGUGGCGGCGGAGGCGGCGGAGGGAGUGGGGGUGGCGGCGGGAGUAGUGGCGGGGGUGGUGGUGGCGGUGGCAGCAGCGGCGGAGGCGGCGGUGGUGGUGGCAGCGGUGGUGGUGGUGGCAGCGGCGGAGGUGGAGGCGGCGGAGGAGGCAGCGGAGGAGGCGGUGGUGGUGGAGGAGGUGGAGCUGGUCGGGGUGGUACCCUGCAGCGGAGCGGCGGUGGUGGUGGCCAGCGCUCGCAGCAGCAGCAGCAGCAGCGUUCGAGGGACAUCCCUCCGCCUCAGCAGCUUCGUGAGUGGUACACUCAGCGUCAGAGGGGUGGGGGUACUGGUCCUUGCACCUACGUCCUUCGUUCCGGCGACCGCGCGGCGAUCUUUGAUCUUGAUUUUGAUGCUAUCCUUGCUGCUAUGUAUGCUGUGACUAUUAGUGAGGAGACUGAGGGUUACCGGUGUUUCCAGCCCGACCCGGGCAUUGGUACUGCUGCGCUAGGUGCUUGUGAGGCUGCUGCUCUAGGUGCCAGUGCGUCUGCGCUCUCAGGUACUGGUGAGACUGCGCCCUCAGGUACUGCGUCGCCCUCGUCCUCCCUUACUUUCACACUUGACUCGGGGGCUUCUCGCUCCUUCUUUCGAGACCGCACCACCCUUACGCCGCUUGGCCGGCCGGUUGCCGUCUCCCUGGCUGACCCCUCUGGGGGUCCUGUCCUCUCUCACUUCUCCACUGUCCUCCCGUGUCCGGCUGCCCCUUCGGGCACCCUGUCUGGUCUGUACCUUCCCUCGUUCUCUACGAACUUGGUGAGUGGCGCGGACCUGCAGGAUGUGGGGGUUCACCAGUUCACUCCUGCGAGUCAGCGGGUGACCCACUGCACGGAGGCACGCACAGGCCGACACCUGGCCACGUUCUCGCGUCGGCCGGGGUCGAGUCUCUACACCCUGACCGUUGAGUCUCCUCCUGUCCCUGCGUCUGGUCAGGUGGCUGCGUCAGGUCAGGUGCUUGCUGCUGCGUCCCGGUCAGGUCCUGAGUCUGCCCCCUGUUCUUGUCGCCUCCUGUCUCACGAGACUCUCCUGUGGCACCACCGUCUUGGCCACCCCUCCUUGCCCCGUCUUCGGAGCAUGGCUUCCCGUGUCCUUGUCUCUGGUCUUCCCCAGUCUCUCCCUCCCCUUCCCUCCGGGCCAGGACCUUCCUGUGUCCCCUGUGUCGAGGGUCGCCUCCGGGCUGCUCCUCACUCCUCCCAGUUCCCCCCGACCGAGGCUCCUCUGCAGACGCUUCACAUGGACGUGUGGGGCCCAGCCCCCGUCCGUGGGCAGGGUCACGAGCGCUACUUUCUGUUGGUGGUUGACGACUACUCGCGUUACACCACAGUCCUCCCCUUGCGCAGCAAGGGUGCUGUCACUGAGGUGCUGAUCGACUGGAUCCGCGAGGCUCGUCUCCAGCUCAGGAAGAGCUUCGGCUCGGACUUUCCUGUUCUGCGUCUGCACUCGGACAGAGGCGGAGAGUUCUCCUCGCGCCUUCUGCGAGACUACUGUCGUGCACGGGGGAUCCGCCAGACCUUCACGCUUCCGGACUCUCCACAGCAAAAUGGGAUUGCUGAGCGCCGCAUUGGCAUGGUCAUGGAUGUCGCUCGUACGUCCAUGAUGCAUGCGGCUGCCCCCCAUUUUAUGUGGCCGUUUGCGGUGAGGUACGCGGCGCAUCAGCUCAACCUUCACCCCAGGGUCUCUCGGCCUGCGAUGUCCCCAGUCUUGCUGUGGACGGGGAAGGUUGGCGAUGCGUCGACGUUCCGUGUCUGGGGAUCUCGGGCGUUUGUCCGCAACUUGUCUGCGGACAAGUUGUCCCCUCGUGCUGCUCCCUGUGUCUUCCUUGGCUUCCCCACUUACGCUCCAGGGUGGCAGUUUUACCACCCCUCCUCUCGUCGUGUUCUAUCCGUGGGCAGGGUCACGUUCGACGAGUCAGUCCCCUUCUACCGCCUCUUCCCCUACCGCACUCCUUCCCUCCCCCCUCCGCCGGACUUCCUUGUGCCGGUUCCCCCCCCGGUAGACCCCCUCCCCCCUCAGGUUCCUGCCCCCUCAGGUGUGUCCCAGGUAGACGCAGUUGACCCGGUCGAGGUUACUGGUGACUCUGGUGUUGCUGCGGGUGCUGAGCCUGGGGGUGCUGACUCUGGGGGUGCUGUGCGCGGGGGUGCCGGGUCUGGAGGUGCUGCUACUGGGGGUGCUGAGCCUGGGGGUGCUGGGCCUGGGGAUACUACUGCGGAGGGUGCUGCGCCAGGGGGUGCUGUGCCUGGAGCUGCUGAGCCUGGGGGUGCUAAGUCUAGAGCUGCUGAGCCUGGGGGUGCUGAGCCUGGGGUUUCUCCUGCUGCUGCGUCUCGACGGGAGCCCCUCUCUCCCCAGGAGCUGCGCGAGUGGUUUGCUCGCCGCUGGAGGCGUGCUGCUGGAGCUGGAGCUUCUUCGACCGUCGAGGGUGCUGGUGCUGCCGGUCCCGGAGCUGCUGGGCCUGCGGGUCCUCCUGGAGCUGGAGCUGCUGAGGGUGUUGGUGCUGAGACCACUGCUGUCUGUCCUCUCGGUGGUUCUGCUGCUGGUACUGCUGGAGGUCCUGCCGCUGGAGGUGUUGGUGGCGCUGGUACUGUCGCUGAGGGUGCUGGUGCUGUCCCUGCUGAGUCUGGAGCUGCCGCGCGGCCUCGGCCGUACUUCGUUCCGCUCCUGCAGCAGGUUCUUGGUCUUUCUCCUCCGGUAGAGGGUCCACAACCUGUCCAGUCGCAGUCACUCUUGGAGCCUUCCUCUCCUCUGCCUGCUCCCUCUCCUUACACUGGUCCUACUGGAGGUCUUACUGAGCGUCGUGAGCCUGCGUCUCGUCCCGCGUCGCCUGUUCGUGCUGCUCGCGCUAGUGGUCGCGGUUCGCGUCAGCGUCCUCUUCCUGUCCCUGGCACGCACCGGAUGUCUCUGCGUCCGUCCACUGCUCCUCUGCGUGCCCCUUUGCCUUCUCCGCCUGAGUCCUCUCUUCCUGCGCUUGCAGACCCUGAGUCGGACUCUCUUCGUGCUGCCAGUCCUACUGUCCCGCGUCUGCUUGCUACUGUCGUCACUGACCCCUCGUUUGAGUCCACUGCUGCGUCUGCUCUUGUCGCUGAGCUCGUCGACUUUGCUGCUCGCUGUCGUCUAGACUACGCUGCUAGUCUUGUUGCUGAGUCUGCGUCUGUCUGUCCUCCGUCCGUCGGGGGUGAGUGUGCUCUUGGCACGGACGUCCUAGAGGACAGGCAGGAGGAGUUACAGUGUCUGGCUGCUGCUUCACCUCAUCUCGCGUCUGUACUGCUUGCUCCUGAGGGAGACCCGGAUGCACUAGACAUCCCGACUCCGCGCUCUUACGCGGAGGCCGUAGAGGGUCCCUACUCCUCUCAGUGGCAGGCAGCUAUGGAUGCAGAGAUGGCUUCCUGGAAGUCCACAGGCACCUACGUUGACGCAGUUCCCCCUCCUGGGGCGAACAUCGUCAGUGGCAUGUGGAUCUUCCGGCGGCAGGGAGUUGACUACUUUCAGACCUUCUCUCCCACCCCGAAGAUGACCACUCUUCGGGUGCUGCUGCACAUAGCCGCUCAGCGCGACUACGAGCUUCACUCUCUCGACUUCAGCACUGCGUUCCUGCAGGGUAGCCUGCACGAGGAGAUUUGGCUGCGCCGUCCACCUGGCUUCACUGGGACUUUCCCUCCUGGCACCCAGUGGAGCCUCCGACGGCCAGUGUACGGUCUCCGCCAGGCACCGCGUGAGUGGCACGACACACUGAGGACUACGCUUGCGGCUCUUGGGUUUGCUCCUUCUACUGCUGACCCGUCGUUGUUUCUGCGCACCGACACUUCUCUGCCACCGUUCUACAUCCUCGUGUACGUCGACGACUUGGUCUUUGCCACAGCGGACACUGCUGGACUCGCCUACGUGAAGUCCGAGCUGCUGAAGAGACACACGUGCACAGACCUGGGUGAACUGCGCAGCUACCUUGGCUUGCAGAUCACUCGGGACAGAGCACGCCGCACCAUUACCUUGACUCAGUCACACAUGGUGCAGCAGGUCCUUCAGCGCUUCGGCUUCACGUACUCCUCGCCUCAGGCCACUCCUCUGUAUACUCGCCACUCACUCUCAGCUCUGCCUACGGAUGAGUCUAGUGGCAACCCUAAGCCCAGCUCACCCUAA